AUGGCUUUUCAACCAUUAAAAAAGAUAAAGAGUAAUCAUCAUGAUGAUGACAACACCAUCAUUACAACAACAACAACAACAUCAACAACAUCAAUGCAAGUAGAUAGUAAUAAUUCAAUUGAUAGUCCUCUUCUUCUUCUUCCUUUUCCUCUUCCUACUCGUCCAUCUCUUUCAAUUGUAUUAAAAGGAAAAUACAUUAGAGAAAAGAUAUUUGGAUAUGUAAAAGAGAUAAAUGAGAUGAACAAGAUUGAUGAUGAAUGUCAAUCAACCAAAGGCAAAGAUAUCAUCAAGUUGGAUCAUUUAAAGAUGAUAUCUACUUUUGCAAUGCCAUGGAACUUUAUCAAACAUUACUUGCCCAAAAAGGACAGUGUAAUGGAAAGUAUAUCAAAAGUCAUUAAUAGAUAUUGUUGUCAUCGAAAUGCAACAAUGGAAACAUUCUUGCAUCUAUUGGAUUGGUCACCAGAAGAUUUUAAACCUCGAAAUAAAAUAGUUCCCUUGGUUGCCGGACUAGGACACACUGAAAUAUUUAAAUACCUAAUCAACAAUUAUUAUCCAAGACAAAUCAAUAUCGAAUCAAUAUCAGAAUCUGCUCAAACUGCAUCCUCAAAUGGUCACCUUUUAAUUGUACAACUAGUAUCUGCUAUGGAAGGUGUACUGUUCUCAACAGAUGCAAUGGAUUUGGCAGCUUAUAAUGGUCAUUUAAAUACUGUCAGAUAUUUACAUGAAAAUCGUACUGAAGGUGCCACAACCAAUGCUAUGGAUUCGGCAGCUCGGAACGGUCAUUUAAAUAUUUUAGAUUGGUUACAUUUUAAUCGUAGUGAGGGUGCCACAACCGAUGCUAUGGAUAUGGCAGCAGAGAACGGUCAUUUAAAUAUUUUAGAGUGGCUCCACACCAACCAAUCGACUAUAGGAUGUACCUCUGAUGCAAUGGAUAGGGCAAAAUCUCUUGAAAUCAUUCAAUUCCUUCAUCGAGCCGGGAAAACAUGCACAACUGCCGCCAUUGACAAUGCAUGUUCAAAUGGUGAUUUAGAUAUUGUUCAAUUCCUUUUUGAAAAUCGAACAGAAGGGUAUACCCAACAAGCUGUCAUCAAUGCAUGUAAAAGUGGAAACUUUGAUUUGAUAAAGUAUAUUAUUUCAAAUAGGAAUGAAAAAUGUACAACACAAGAAGUAGAUACUGUAAUAGGGAAUAAUUGUAGUUUGGAUAUUAUUAAACUCCUCGAUCAAGAAUGUACAAUUGAAGGUUUGAAAUAUGCAUUUGAAAAUGAUAGAUUGGAUAUUGUUGAAUACCUUUACCAGAAAUACCCAACAUCUACUCGUAUGUGGACUGGUGAGGCAUUUGAUGAAGCUGCCAGACAUGGUAAAUUAGAUUUUAUAAAGACUCUCCAUAAAAAUAAGACAAAAAUCAAAGUUACAACCAAUGCAAUGGAUAAUGCAGCUGCGAAUGGACAUAUUGAUGUUGUUAAAUUUUUACAUGAUUAUCGUACUGAAGGAUGUAGUGCUGAUGCCAUGUAUAAAGCAGAAGAGAAUGGUCAUAUUGAAAUAGUAAACUUUCUACACUUUAAUCGCACAGAAGGAUACACCUCUGAUGAUAAUAGAGAAGAACAAGAAAAUAAUUUAGAUUGCGAAGAUUGGGAAAUCCUUGAUCUCCUCAUAGAUCCUAACUACUAUGGAACAAACAACUAA